AUGGCGACUCAAAUCGCCGGCGACGACGACGAAUGUUCUUUUUGCCAGAUUGUCCAAAGCCAAACUGACACCGAAAUCCUCAUUAGUGAUGAUGAAUUGUUGUGCUUCCGGGAUGUGAAGCCGGGUGCUGGCCAUCAUUAUCUCGUCAUAACCAGGACCCACAUUAGCAAUUGUAAAGCGCUGCGUGCAGAACACAUUCCUACAGUGGAGCGCAUGGCUGAGAUGGGAAGGAACGUUUUAGAGAAAAAUAAAGUGCGAGAUCUCAACGACGUGAGGUUGGGCUUCCACGUUCCUCCAUUUUCAUCUGUGCCGCACCUCCACCUUCACGCUUUGGCGCCUGCUAGUAAGAUGAACGACAGCGCGCGGCGGAGAUACGGGCCGCAGUCGCACUGGUUCAUCACCGUGGAGGAAGCGCUGUCUCAGCUCAGAACACGUGGCAGAAUCAAAUAA